AUGGACCAGCGCAAGGUGGGAGCCGCGUGCGACAUUUGCCACCGGCGAAAAAUCAAGUGCGAUAUUGGUACCACCGGGACGCCGUGCAGCAAGUGCAAGGAGCUGAAAGUGGAGUCCCAGUGCGUGCUUCACAAGCGCAGAAAGAAGACCGACGGCAUGACGUAUUUUGUGACCCAGGACAAGUUUCUGAACGUGAUCAAGUUCUCGCCCAAGAAAUACAUGCGCUCGGCGGCCCAGACAGAGAGCCGUGCCGUCAACAUGGCCUACUACCCCGCCGUGAACGAGCUGGCGUCCAAGUUCUACAAAAACGUCGUGGGAUAUGAAACGGAACUCGACGACCUGGAUUUGCAGUACAUGACACAGCUCGGGUGCUUCAAUCUGCCAGACAAGGUCACCUGCUGGAAGCUGUUCAACUACUUCUUCAAGAACAUGAACAAGUGCCUGCUGAUCCUGGACUACGGCAGGUUCAUCAGAGACCACCAGAAAUUGGACGAGGUGCCGUCGUUGGUGCUGGUGCAGGCGCUGCUCUGCGUCGGCUCGAUUCUGGCAAAGGCGGACCUCGCAACGGAACACGAGCGCGACACGUACGACAAGUACACGGCCGUGUUCUACAAGAGAACCAAGGCGCUUGUGGAGGCGUCUGUGGAGCAGGACCCGAUCGCGCUCGUGCAAACGUACAUGGUGCUCUCGUGCAUCUCGGAGAUGACCAAGUACGCGAUGGGGACCAGCGGGCGCACGUGGCUGCGCAUGGCGCACCAGGUCGCCCAGGACAACCGGUUCUACCAGGAACAGCCGCGGCUGCCGCAGUACAAGCGCAACAUGUACCGCCGGCUGUGGUGGAUCAUCUACGCACGUGACCGCAUGUUUGUGUUCUGGCACGGCGGCUCGUGUCUGGUGUCGAAGAGCGAGACGGCGAUUUCGAAGGACUCGCAGGACCUGUUUGCGCUGGACGAGUUCGAGCACGAGAGCCACGACUACUUCCGCAGUCUGAUCAAGAUUGGCGAGCUCAUCGAUAUUACGUCAUCAAACGACAACUCCGCGGACGGGAUUUUGCUGUGGAAGGACGUGGACCAGUGCGACGCGCUGGUGACUAAGUGGUUCGAGAGUCUUCCGGCGCAUCUGGUGUUCAGGCUGGACGAUCCGGGGUCGCAGACGGGCCAUUCGGUGCUGAUCACGAUGUACUACUACCUGCUGCUACUGACGAUCCACCGAGUGAAUCUUUUGCGCGAGUACAAGAAACUGGCCGCUCAUCGCAGGGACAAGGAAUCGUUGCAGAGCGUCCCGUCGUGGGGGCUGACUUUCCACUGUGCGUUCAUGAUUUCGCAGAUCUCGGGCCGGUGGCUCAAGGACAACAAUUAUGCUCCGUGUCCGAAUAUAUACAUGCAGUGCGUUUUUUCGAGCUCGUUCACGAUGCUGUGCCAGCUGCUGAACAAAGACGCGACGAUCGCGAAGAUGGCGGACGAGUGUAUCCAGCUGAACCUGCUUUCUAUGCAGGAGUACGGCAAACAGUAUCUGCAAGGCCAGAUGGCACACUAUGUGGUGAGCCAGGUGUACCACGACAAGAAGAAGCGGCUGAAGCUGUUGCGGUCCUCGUUUGAGGUGAGCGACGCGAGCGACACGUUCCCGGACCGGCUGAACGACGAGAUCAGCGCGCGGAUCGAGCACAAGCUGGAGGCGCGGUCGUUCGAGGGCGCAGACGACCAGCUGGAGAAGGAUCGGCGCGAGCUGAAGAAUUUCCUGCCGUUCCAGCUGUACCAGAAGAACUAUGCGCCGUUCAUUCCGCGCAAGCUGGCCAAAUACUCAACCGACGACGGCACACGGCCCGUGGUGGACCCUGCCACCAACUCGUUGCAGCACUUCCCGGAAACACAGCCAAGCGUGGGCAGCGAGUCUGUCUCAGACAGCUCGCAGGACAGCGUCAGCGAGUGGCUUGCGCAUAUCAGCAACCCGACGGAAAUGGCCAACGUCAGAGACUCAGACUUCGUCAAACAUUUCACGUUCAGUGCCGACCCGACGGCAGAGACGAACAUGCCCUUUGAGCUCGACGGGAUGCCCCGAAUGCAGGACUUUGCCGACGUAAUGCACAUGCCGGUGCCGGGUCUUGUCGACGGCAACUAUAUGGGCGGUGCUGCCACGGUGCCUGAUUUCGACCAGCUGCUCAAAGGCCUGUAG